GCAGCGACAAAACUCGACGAUCACAAUGGAAUUGUCGAUCACGGGCACUUGCUGUACUAGUAGUCAACACCAUGAGUGACUCCACAUAGCAUAUGAUCCAUCUCAGCUUGAAAAACGAGACCGAUGACAGGACAAACGGACAUAAAUCAGGCUCAAUCUCAAACGAAAUUGAAUAGGCAAAAGGAAACAUGACAGGAGCUUUCAUCAGCUUCACAUUGCUGCACACUAUGCAUCGCUCAAUCCCAAGCUGCAAUGCUGUUGGUCUCCUACCUGUAGUGCAUUUCUCUUCUUUCCGUCAAAGAGCACAUGUAAUUUAACCAAAUUGCAGUUUGGCAAGAUACAGGAUAGAUGACAAGCAACAAGAUCCACCGCUGCAAAACGAUAUCCCUCGCGUCUUGACUUCAGACUACUGCUGGACUAUUGGAUGGAAAGUUUUCAGUUAAUUGAGCCAUUGGACCAAAAGGGUUUGCACAGACUUCCCGUUUGCUGCAACUCUCAGGCCCUCCUCGCUUCGGUGGCUGCAGUGGCGGGCGGGGCACGGGCUCGGCGUCCGCCAAUCUGCUCGAGUUUGCUGCACCGCGCGGAUCAAUUGCACAACGCCAAUGAUAACCACCGCCCAAGCACAGCCAGAUCCAGUGAUCGAGUGAUAGAUAUCGUAAUGCCCGAGACUUGUGGAGAGCCGUGCUCGCCAUGGUGCAACGACAAGACUCCAGCAUCGAGAUAGUGGCACAGACCGUCGAAGUCGACCCCGCGUGCUCGAGAAGAAGGAGAAGGGCGAGAAGGGCGAGAAGGGCGAGAAGGGCGAGAAGGGCGAGAAGGGCUCGACUCAACUCGACAGCUACCAGCAGGAUGCUCAGCUGCAUCCCAGUCCGCCCAAAGCCACGCCACUCAGGGUUUGAAGGCGGAAUAGAGAAGGCUCGUGCGACUUCAGCGAGCGAGAAAUGCACAGCACAGAUCAUCAAAGCUGUCAUUUGUGACAUCCAAGCGAAUUGUGACCUGUGUGUGAGGACUCGAGCAAGUGCAGUGCAGUGCAGGAACCAGGCACGGGAUGAUGAUGGAUGGAUGUGACCAUCAUAAUGGAAUGGAAUGGAAUGGGCUGCCCGAUGCAGAGCGAAAACGUGCAGGUAACGCCAGUACUAAGUGCCCGCCCGAGUCGCACUGGCUGGCUCUGGCUCGCCGGCUACCUUACCUUACCUUAGAGUAGGGCUUGACGGCUUGGAUGGCUGCAGGAAAGUUCGAGUAAAUAAAAAUUAUGACUUGUGCUUAUGAGAGAAAUUCUUGCCGAUGUCUGGUCUGGUCUGGUCUGGAAGCUGCGCCAUGCGAAGCUGUCAAUUGGAAAGCAAGGAAGCAUCAAACAAGACUAAGGUAUCGAGGAAACGAGUAGGUUAACGAGUACCUAAUAAGGUACCUAGGUAACGAGUAACAAUCCCCCCGUGCCUGCCCACCCACACCACAUAACACCACCUCGCCUCACCUCACCUCACCUCACCUCACCUCACCUCACCUCACCUCACCAUCCCAUGGCAUGGCAUGGCAUGGCAUGGCAGCCACGCACCUUCCCGAAAGUAUUAAGAUACGUCCGCGUCCGCAUCCGCUCCAUCCCUUACGUCCACGUCCACCUCCACCUCCAGCCCGACUUCCUUCCUCCUUAUCCUGAAAACUUCACUUCUCCUGAAGUUGACCAGCUCCCAGACAUAUCUCACGAUGUCCCAUUACCCAGACUGGUUGCGGUGGUAUAAGAAGCCUUCGUACGUCGACGUCAAUAAGUUCGCCACAGAUAUCAGUGACAGUGCCGGCACCGCCUCGAAUCCCAACAGCCCUCGGAGUAGUGCCGAGACCAAAAGGAGGAGCAGCCAUGAUAUACCCUCAAAGCUCAGCCUGGAGAGGAUCUUAAAGAAUAGAACAUGUAGUCCAAUGUCGCUGUAUGACUUCUACAUGUACCUGAAGUAUAUUGAGCACUCAUCAGAGAAUCUGGAGUUUUAUGUUUGGUUCAAGAACUACGAGGCCGGGCGUUCGACCGCGUUCCCAGAGUUGCCUCGUGCUCUUACGCCAGUCGAUGUCAAUGGCUCUGGAACAAACUCUCAAACGAGUCUUGCGAAGCCGGAAAAUGAUGGGAAGUUUCAAGAGCACAGGAUCCAAGAGACUGAAGGGCAAGACUACUUCAAUUUCGAAGAAUCCGCGAUAUAUUCUCGUAUCUCAGCCUUCGUUAGCCCAGGAGUAGCAUGCGGGUCCAAAGGAUGCGAAAAUGGACGACUAUCUCCCGUGUACAAACGACCAUUCUCAGUUGUUGAGAAGAUUGAGGCAGAAGCCGAAGCAAAAACAUCAACAGAAAUCGAGAGCCUGCGACGAGAUGAACUUGAUACCAUACGGACAGUGUUCCUUCUCCCAGGAUCGGCCAAGGAGCUCAACAUUCCGGCUCCCAUGCGGCGCAAGGUCCUUGAUGCUAUUGCAGCGUCCACUGAUGCCAAGCAUCUCGAACCAGUCGCAGAACACUGCUACCUCCUUUUGAAAUCAUGUUCACACAGAAACUUCAUUCGUCUUGGCGUAUCGAAUGGGACUUUCGAGACGAUUUGUAUGGCGACUGGUCUAGGUAUUGUCCUCACAGUUGGCGGAUUUCUUGCGAUGUUGCUAUUGGCAUUUGCAUCGCCAUCCUUUAGACACUGCUCUCGCUGGCGAGGCCUCGGUAUCUGGCCAAUGUGGAGCGUUGGUGUAGGACUGAUACUCUCUGGGAUACGGGGUAGCUGUUUCUUCCUUCUAUUAUUUUCCAGAAGACAGCCUCUUCCCUGGGAGAGAUUCGAAGACGACCCAACUCCAAAGCAGCGAUCCCGUUUUAUCCGACUGGUUUCGAAACUGAUGAUAUUCGACCGCAAAUUGAAAGUAAAAGAUGAUACCCUGAGACGGCUCCAGAGGAAGGUCGUACUGCAAAGUGUGAUGGGUGGAAUGGCGUUCGCUACAGUGAUGGUUAUUGUAUUCUUGAGUCUACCGAUUUGGAAGAAAGUCUGAUAGGAUUGAACACAUUCGCUGAGUGGGGUAAUAUGUAUAUAGCAGUCUCAUACCAGUCAUAUCCAUUUGUAUUGAAUGACAACAUUUUUGAAGAGCUCUGUUUCUGUGUUCUGUGCAUUGUGCAUUACGAAGAUGGACAUGACGUGUAGGUGUCGU